AUGUAUAUCGAGGAAGUGCUCAAGUCGUGGAAGGCCCUGGACCCUCGGGUGACAGAAGAAGACAAAGUUGGUCAUCUUCUAAAAGGGAUCGCGGAGGAUGUAUACCAGUUCCUUAUAGCGAAAGACAGUCUGGAGUCUUCUGUUGUGCUACCCAGCGGUAUGCGACUUGCCUCGUUUGAAGCGGAUACCAGCCUCAACAUAGACGCCUUAAGUAAUGACCCCUCGCUCAAAGGCCGAGCGCAUGAAACUGGCCCUGGUGUCCAUGAAGACUCGUCAUCGUUUCUGAAUAUGGUCAACAAGGCACUGCCGUCCGAGAAGCGUCAAGCCCUGCUGGCUCGCGUCAACACUGAAGCAAGGCAGCAGGACCGCAAGCUCUACUAUGAUGCCUCUCAUCGCGCCGUGUCCUUCAGCUCUGGCGAUGAAGAGCUGCUUCAUACGCCCAUUCGCACUCCUGUUGGUGCAGGUUCCGCAGGAUGCGCUCUGGCCAAUCGUCUCACUGCUGAUGGCAGCAACACCGUGUUACUUCUCGAAGCUGGGGGCCUCGAGGACGCAGCCGUGCAGGUUCCGCUUUUCUCGGCUGUUUUGCAGGGAACUAACAUUGACUGGGACUACAGGAGCGAACGGCAACACAACGCCAGCUUGUCCGUCGAUGACCAGAUUAACAGAUUCCCGCGUGGCAAAGUGUUGGGUGGCUCGAGCUCGAUCAACCAUAUUAUUUACGCUCGGGGAAACCGCAAAGACUACGAUAAUUGGGUAUCCCGGUAUGGCGCCGAGGGCUGGUCUUUCAACGACUUGCUGCCGGAUUUCAUCAGUAUUGAAACAUCUUACUUAGGCAUCGACAAUGGCUAUCAUGGCGACACUGGAGAAGUACCGGUCAGUUUCCCCAGCUCACACACAAAGGCUAGUGACUUGUUCUUAGAGGCCGGCCGGGAACUUGGUUACAACAACGACGACUAUAACGGGCCAAACCAGACAAGCUUUUCCCGCGUACAAAAUAACAUCAAGAAUGGAGAGCGCUGGAGCUCAAGCAAAUCAUUUAUCACCAAUGACGUUCGCCGAAGGAAGAACUUUGACGUCGCACUUUACGCGCAUGUGACCAAGGUUAUUUUUGAAGGCAUGGACGCUGUGGGCGUGGAGUACAAACGGUACCUCGGAACACAUACCGUCCGGGCAAAGAAAGAAGUCAUACUCUGCGCUGGAGCCAUUGCUUCUGCACAGCUGCUGAUGCUAUCUGGCAUUGGCCCUCGCGACCAUCUCCAGUCACUGGGGAUAAACGUUAUUGCUGACCUUCCUGUUGGCGAAAAUCUAUACGAUCACGUGACUGUGAACGGAAUCGCUGCAUCCUCGGCAGAGAAUAUAGAAAUUAACUACUACUUGCCAUCUACAGUGCCAAAAUACUCACUCUUCAGAACAGGCUCCAAGAUUGCCGUGCAGACGCUGACUACGCAGGCCAUGAAGAAUGGCAACGUCACCAUUUGGGAUGUCGCCCUGCCUGCGUUUCUUGGCGAUUCCCCUCUUCACAAGCUUUGA